GCCAUCUCCCGACGCGGAGGCUAAACUGACGAUGCUGAACAUGUGAGCUGGUUGUUGCUUUGUAAUGGUUGUCGAGCUCAUGUCACGGACAGGUUGUGUCAAACGUAACUGUUUGGAUUUCGAUCGGUGUUGAUUUUUCUGUCUGGAGAAGCAGCGAGUAUCGGACCGGACCGGACCGAAUCGCCGCCUGGCUGGAAUCCUGCGGUGCCGCCGCCCGCUGUCCUUUAAGCUCAGACCAGCUAACGUCUCCAGCUGCUUUUUGUGAUCAACAAUGGCCUCUGUCUCCAUCCCUGCGUGCACUGGUGCUCUGCUGUUGGACAUUGAAGGCACCACCACGCCGAUCACAUUCGUGAAGGAUAUCUUGUUUCCCUACAUCAGAGAGCAUCUGGAGGAUUACCUGUCCACUCACUGGGAAGAAGACGAGUGCAAAGAAGAUGUUCACCUCCUAAAAAAACAGAUUGAAGAGGACAUGAAGCAGAACCGGGCAUGUCCGGUCCACGUCGUGGACCAAACGGUCCACACGGACGAGGAGAAGGCCAUCAGGAAGGUGGUAGAGGACGUGCUGUGGCAGAUGGCGGCGGACAGGAAGAGCACGGCGCUCAAGCAGCUCCAGGGUCACAUGUGGAGGGCGGCUUACGCUUCUGGGAGAAUCAAAGGCGAGAUCUAUCCAGACGUGGUUCCUUCUAUCAAGAAGUGGCGAGAACGCGGCUUGAAGGUCUACAUUUACUCCUCUGGGAGUGUGGAGGCGCAAAAACUGCUCUUCAGGUACUCAGUGGAAGGAGAUGUUUUAGAGUUAUUCGACGGUCACUUCGACACCACGAUAGGAGCUAAAGUAGAAGCUAAAAGCUACGAGAGGAUCGCAGAGAAGAUCGGAUGUCAGCCUGAAGAAAUCACCUUCUUGACAGAUGUGGCCAGAGAAGCCAAGGCGGCAGAAGAAGCCGGGUUCAACGUGCUGGUGGUGGUGAGGCCCGGAAACCUGGAGUUGACGGAUGAGGAGAGCGCCCACUAUAACCUCAUCACUUCCUUUAGCCAACUUCAGCUGACGGGGCGGGCUUAACGGGGAGCCCAGUGACUUCCUCUCCCCGCCUGUGUCAAACCCCCACUUUGGAGGUGCAGAAGUCGUCGUGCUAAACCCCUGCCUCUCAGACGUUCAGCUGCCUCUCGUAUGUUCACAGCCUCACAGAAAAGUGGAAAGACACGAGACUCUGUAGAUACAAGAACAAUCAAGAAGACGGCACAAAAUCUGUGAGGUUCCUGUUCCUCAAACUCCCGCCUGAACCUUGUAUUUGACCUUCCAUCCGGCGUGUGUCGUUACUUUGUAAACAUUACCUGGGUGUACAUUUAAAAAAGGUGUUUUCCUUUUAUCCAUGUUUUAGUAGAAGCACAGUGUAGAGGUGCUGGCGAACGAAAACUCACUUCAGACCUGGACCCCCUUGUCAGAGAACCGCAUUCAUUCAAAUGUCCUCAAUGUUCGUCUGUAACGUGGAUCACGGAAACAGAACCGAUGCAGAACUUUGUACUGAUCCAGAAACAAACUUCUAAUAAAUGCCUUGUCUUACACAGAAA